AUGGCAAUAGACGCCCCUAAUUUUAGAACGUUUCCAAACCUCGGCCGCUCACCCAAGAUAAAGGAGGAGGAGGACCUCACCUCUGCCGCUCCAUCUCAAGAUGGAGAGAGCGCUCCCACUCUCCCAACCGGCACCAAGAAUGACGGCGCUCAAGAGGAGCGACACUCGCCUGCAGAGGAGCAAGAGAGCCGUGGCGCCGACCCAGCGCUCGCAGGCGACCUCUUCGACAUACCUCCCACCCUGAUGGAGGACAACGCGCUCUUCGGCACCCUCGGUCGCAACCAGGUCGCGAAACUCUUCGAGCAUGAGGAGAUGCUGCGGAUGGCGAGCCAAUAUACCAUCGCGAAAAUGGCCGAGAUGUACCAAGCGAAGUACGGUCAAAAAAUCAAAAACAAGCGUAUAUCCGUGCGCCUCGACACUGCGAAGGACAAAGUCGCCGCGGCGCGUGGAUGCCUUCGGAAAGACAUCGUCGCCGCCUUCGAAGAAAAGAAGCGUGAGUAUGGUGUCGAAAAAGCAAAGAAUAUGGAAGCUGGACGCAAGAGGAAGGCUCUGAAGCAAGCCGCCGCCGCCGCGAACAAGAAGCGGAAGACGUCCUCGAUCACUAUUCCCCUGCCGAAAGACGAGGAGGACGAGGAUUCGGAUGUGGACGACUUCGCGGCACUGGAGGAGAGGCUGCUGGAGUACUCCGAUGAAGAGGGUGCUGAGAUGACGCGGAAGGAGAAGCGGGGCGAGUUGCAGGUAAAGCCAUGCGCUGCGAAGAAGGGUGGCCGCAUGAAGCGUAAGAAUUCGCGAAUGCCCAUACCAGAGGACGAUGAGGAAGAAAGCCUCCCGGAGUAUUCCGACGAAGAGAUGGCGGAGAUGGAGCGCAAGCAGAGGUCGGGAGAGGUCAAGGUGAAGGAGAAGCUUGCCGAGGACUCGAAGGAUGAGGAGCGUCAGAGCAUCUCGCGUCCUAUGCCUGCGCACCUGCGAGCUGGAGCGGUCGAGAGGGGCCAGUACACGGAGGAGCAUGCGGCUGAUGCGCUCAUGAUGCUGUCGCGCGAGGUCCGCAAGGCGCAAACGCAGCCAGAGCAUGAUGAUGUGACAGCCCGGAGUGAGGGCGACGAGGACGAGGAGGGACAUGAGGAUUCGAGAUACCCAGGAUGA